AUGCCCAAGAAGCGAGUUCUAGUAGGCUACGGCAUCGACGUCGACGCCGUAGCAAACUGGCUCAACACCACCGACGGCUCCGUCCAAAAUCCAACCAACGUCUCCCGAGGCAUCUACGGCGCCACAGUCGGCCUCGACCGCCUGCUAACGCUCUUCUCCCGCAACUCCAUCAAAGCAACCUUCUUCACCCCAGCACACACCCUUGAAUCCUUCCCAGAGCAACUCGCCAAGGUCCGCGAUGAUGGCCACGAAAUCGGCCUGCACGGCUACACGCACGAGUACCCCUCCACCCUCUCCGCUGAGCAACAGAAAGCCGUGCUGGACAAAUCCAUCUCCGUAUUGACAGAUUUCUGUAGCAAGGCUCCGCUCGGUUAUACGGCGCCGGCUUGGUCGACGUCGAGGCAGCUGAUACCGCAGCUGGAGGAGGCUGGGAUUCUGUACGAUCACAGCUUCAUGCACCACGAUCUUCAGAUGUACUUUGCGCCGGAUAACUCGCAUUCCUGGAUCGAGACGAAUAACAGCCAGUCUGCGGACAGCUGGAUGAAACCUAUGGGAAAGAUCAAAUCGAGCAGCAUCGUCGAGAUCCCGGCGAAUUGGCACAUCGACGAUUGGCCUCCUCUCAACCCCAUCCCCGGCCGGGCGGGAGCACAAGGGUUCGUGGAUACUGCGGUGAUCGAGAAGUUGUGGAAGGAGCAGUUUGAUUUCGGGUACAGGGAGUAUGAUACCUUUAUCUUCCCGAUGAGCAUCCAUCCGCAGGUCUCGGGAAAGCCGCAGGUGAUUUUGAUGCAUGAGCGGAUGAUUGAGUAUAUCAACCAGCAUGAGGGUGUUGAGUGGAUGACGUUUGGUGAAAUGGCGAAAGAGUACCUGGGAGGUAAGAUUGCGGGCGCGAAGGUAGAAGGUGGCGCGGAUCGAUAG